UCUGGAAAACUUAGCUUGCUACCUCAUAGCCAUGUCGGAUGCUGUUCACAAGAUCUUCGUGGGCGGUCUGCCCCAGGACUGUCCACAAGAGAUGCUGGAGGAGUACUUCGGCAAAUUUGGCACCAUUACAGAUGUCGUGGUCAUGACAGACCGUAUCACCGGCCGAUGUCGAGGCUUUGGCUUUGUGACAUUUGACACUGCCGAUGCCGUGGAGAUGGUCAUGGGGCAGCAUGGAGAGCACCAGAUCCUGGGGAAGUGGGUGGAUUGCAAACGUGCGACUCGUGAAGGCAGUAAAGGUGUGCCUCCAGCAAAAGGCGGUGGCGGCGGAGGAAAAGGUGGAGGAGGGAAGUACGGUCCGCCCGCGGGUGGCUUCGGAGGCUAUGGUGGCGGUGGCGGCAAGGGCUAUGGAGGUGGCGGUAAGGGUGGCUACGGAGGUCCUCCUGCCUAUGGCGGCUAUGGUGGCGGCUAUGCUGGUGCUAGCUACGGUGCAUAUGGUGGAGCUGCAUAUGGUGCAGCUGGCUAUGGCGGAUAUGGAGCAGCGUAUGGUGGCAAAGGCAUGGGCAAGGACUUUGGAGGCUUCGGAAAGGGGUAUUCGCCCUACUGAAGGCAAAGUCCUGCUUGAGGGACUGUGGGUCAGCGUGCGCUAGAGGAGAUGUCUGGCCAUGGGUUGAUUGGAGAAGGUUUUGUCUUUGCAAGACAUGUACGGCGUGUCUGUAGAUUUG